AUGAAAGGAGGAUUAUUUUAUUUUAUUAUUCUUUUUGUUUUAUUUAUUACACUUAAUAUUUAUUAUGGAAAUCCUUCAUCAAUUAGAUCCUCUAAAGAUAACGUCAAUAGUUGCAUGUUUCUGGGGCUUUUACGGGGGAAUGGUGAAUAUUGGUUACAUCAAAACUUUUUUAAUGUAACAUGUGUGAAUGGACAUAUAAAGGCAGGAAAAUUUAAAGGAAUUUUCGCUUUAUAUUUUUGA